GUGUUUCCGGCCUUCCUCGGCCUCGCGUGGCUGCCCGUGGCGGAGAGGAAAGAAGGCGGUUGCGGAUGUUUGUAGCGGGAAAAGAAGCUACCAAACCAUACCAAGGGAAUGCGAAGCCUCGCCGCCGAACUCUAAGACGUUUGUGCACGCCCCCCUCUCCUUACGCCUCCUGGUUUCUCAUGGAAGCGGAUGGAUUUGUGAGGAGGCGUCGGAUGACCGCGGAGACUGCAGGCAAUGAUCCCGGGGUUGCUGGUGCAUCUGCCGGGGCAGAAGUCCGAUGGCUGGGGGGUCGCUUCCUGGGAGUCUCGGAAAGUAUCGUGGGCAGUCUGACACCGCGGAUUGGAGGCGAGACGGAACUGCAGACCGUUGAGUUGAUCCGGAGCGCACAGGAGCAAAGUGAUAACUCUGAACCGGACUACGAGGGCUUGCCGCAGGGAGCCUCCACCAGCACGCACAUGUUGGCCGGAGCCGUGGCCGGCAUCAUGGAGCACUGCCUCAUGUUCCCCAUCGACUGUGUCAAGACAAGAAUGCAGAGCCUCCAGCCAGACCCUGCCGCCCGCUACAGGAACGUGAUGGACGCCCUCCGUCGAAUCGUGGCCACGGAGGGAGUUUGGCGGCCGAUGAGAGGGCUGAACGUGACCGCUAUCGGCGCGGGUCCGGCCCAUGCCCUCUAUUUUGCCAGCUAUGAGAAACUCAAAAAGACUCUGAGUGACGCGAUCCACCCCGGGGCUAACAGUCAUUUGGCUAAUGGGACAGCUGGAUGUGUGGCCACCCUGCUUCAUGAUGCAGCCAUGAACCCAUCAGAAGUUGUGAAGCAACGCAUGCAGAUGUAUAAUUCGCCCUACCGUGGCGUGUUGGACUGUAUACGCGCCGUGUGGCAGAAAGAGGGCGCCGCCGCGUUCUACCGCAGCUACACCACCCAGCUCACCAUGAACGUGCCCUUCCAAGCGCUCCACUUCAUGACAUACGAGUACCUGCAGGAGCUGCUCAACCCCCACAGACACUACAACCCCUCGUCCCACAUGCUGUCAGGGGCCUUAGCCGGGGCCCUGGCCGCCGCCGCCACCACGCCCCUGGAUGUGUGCAAGACCCUGCUCAACACCCAGGAGUCGCUGGCCCUCAGCUCCCUGUCGCCCAAGCAAGGAGCCCACAGACAAAUCACAGGCUUAGCCCACGCCUUCCGGACGGUGUACAGGCUGGGCGGCCUGCGGGGCUACUUCAAGGGAGCGCAGGCCAGGGUCAUCUACCAGAUGCCCUCCACGGCCAUCAGCUGGUCCGUCUACGAGUUCUUCAAGUACGGAAUCACCAAACACCAGCACGAGAAGCGGAGAGCGCAGCAGAUGGAGGCGGAGACGUAGGACCUGCUGCGAGGAGAAGCCGCACGUGGAAUCGCACCAAGAUCCAUCUCUACUGUCCCAUCAAGCAUUGCAGAGAAAGUUACCGUCGGGAAAAGUGUCGCGUUGCUUCCCAGCAUUGGAUUCACCAACAGGGGGCGGUAGCGUUAUUUUUGUAAUUCUUUUUUUUUUUUUUACCCAGGCAAUUCAGAGGCCGAAACAAUUAUAGUAUGGAAAUGAUUGGCGUCCUGCAAACAGUCUUUAAAAUAAUGAUGAAGAAAUUAGAGAUUAUGAGGAAUUAAGCACUGCAUAUUGUUUAAUAUAUAAUGAAACCAAAUCAAGUGGAGGCGCAUUCGCCGCCAUGAUGGAUCUGAUUAAUCCGAAGCCUAUAUUUAAUUUAUUUUGCCCUUUUUUUAUAUGAGCAUUUAAAAUUGAGUCCUUUUUUUUUGGUUUCCCCUAAUUUGCUUCCAAGUACUUCUCAGCUAUUCACCAUUAUUGCCUUGUAUGCAGUUCCAACUGAAGCUAUUUUAAUUCAUAGCACUGCUACUACUGAGUGUCAAUAACAGCGCUUGGCUUGUAGGAAAUGAAUAAUGCCCCCUAAAGUCUGCAUUUUAGGUCAGCUUUAUAAGCUAUCCAUGUUGAGUGAAUGGAAGCUGUUCUUACUGAUUGAUGUCUGUUUCCCACUCUCAGUUGCACUCAUCAAGUGAAUAAUAAAUUAUGAGCAACGGACAGUGCUCAUAAAUCACCAAAA